CCUCAUGAACCGCUGCCGGGGAGAGAUUCCUACGCCGACUACUGGCCAAUUUUCCCAUUUUCGAAUCACUUCCAGCUUGGUCUUGACCAUGCCGGCGGUGACAUAUAUGUACCGGUGCCUACUUGGGGUAUCUGGGACUUCUCGGGCCGAGUGUUCUGGCGUGUUCAAGACUAUAACACAUUAGUCGGCUAUCACACUUCACCAGUGAAUAUGCUCGGUCUAACCAAAGAUGAUUUUAUUCGACUGAUGUCCGAUCCAUCAAUGCAUUACAAUCGAAAUAACCAACCACUAUUACCGGUUGCAAAAUUACCGAAAGCAUUUGUGCCAAUGUCAUGUCGCCCGCCAAUGUGCAAUCCUUACACGCAAAACUUUGCACUUGGGGUAAGUGUAUUUUGA